GUUCGGUUGCGUUAACCGUCGAUUGAAAACCCGGCCUUAACUGAUAAGGUGAUAAUUAAUCAACCUGUUUUAGUUGAGUUUCAGCAGCUUUUUAGUAAUAUGAGUAUGAUUCAAGCGAAAUAAAUCGAGCAUGUAACAUUACUAAUUGAAUAAGAUGAUUAGGCUAGUUCUAGGUGCGGUGCUGCUCAGUUCUCUCUUUCGUAUAGUGUUUCUUCAAGAGGCUGAAAGUGAAGCCCAGAUAGAAGAGAGACUAGGUAAGAUCACUGAAAGUCUAGUUUCCUAUCAGCGCUGCAGAACGGACAGCGACUGCAGAGCGAAUUCAUUUUGCUAUGAUAAUGAUAACACCAGAGUCGGGCUGUGUAAAUGCCAGGCUGGUUAUGAGCUCUUGUUCAGAAACAGGACGGAUUAUUCCUGCCUCAAACUGGCCACAUGGGGUGAAGAAUGCGAAAUCAGUGCCCAAUGCGUGGAUAAUUUAGGAGGUUUGGCCACAUGCCAGAACACCUGUGGUUGCCAGGAGAAAACCUACCGGUACCCGUACGAUGGAAGAUGUUAUCGAAGCGUUCUGCUAGACGACUUCUGUCGAACCGACGCCAACUGCAUAUUGGAAGAUGGUACUUAUGCCUUCUGUACUGAUGGUCAAUGCGAAUGCAAUAUAGGAUUGAGGCCUUCAGCGGACAGAAAACGUUGCGUGAAUGUGAGGAACCUGGGCCAAAACUGCUCUGAUGACUACCAAUGCUCCUUUAUUGGAAACAGUGUAUGUCGCGAAAUCUGCAGGUGCGCGGUGGGGUAUGUGGUGAGCAGGAAUGAAACCACCUGCUUAAAAGCUGCCACCUACUUUUUCGACUCGUGCGAGGAAAACGCUCAGUGCUCAGAAUUCCUGCGGGAUGGCAUUUGCAAUAAUGGGAACUGCACAUGCGAAAGCGGGUACCAUGGCUUUGAAACCAGAUGCGUCCGAACCGCGCGAAUCGGCCAGGCUUGCUCUGCCUCAGAACAAUGCGUCCCAUCCACUGAGCUGCUGUCAGUAGCCAACUGUACAGCGGGAGUGUGCCAAUGCGCCCCUGGCGCCACUGAUUCCAGUGGCCGCGUCGAGUGUUCAAAUAAUACCUCCAAAGUUAGAAUAAGCUCGUUUUUAUUUGCCCUUUGUAUGCUUGUUUAUAAUUUAUUUAUUUUGUAAUUGAUAUGUUUUGAAUAAAAUCAAGCACUUUAGCUACUUUA